AAAAAAAAUAAGAAAGCCAUCGCGCUUUGGGUUAUCUUUUAUUGGUAGUUUCUUUUACAUCAACAGUAAUGGCCGAUUCAUCAACUCCUAAGGGUACUAUUAGAUGAUGUACAAAAAAUAACAAAGUAGAUUACUUUUUAUGUGAUAUUAUACCUGUUCUUUAAAUAAUGGGAAUAAUUGAGAGAGAAAUAGAUGGAAAAAAAAAUACCAAAUAAUUUGAGUUAUAGAAAUUAAAGAGGGGCAAAAAAAAAUGGAUUAUAAAAGAUGCCAAUGCUAAUAAAUUUCUUUUAUUGCUGAUUUAAUCAUUAUUAGAAAACGUGUUACCUCUCGUAGCAAUCAAACUAAUGCUAUGCGUGGUGGUAUUCCCGGUGGCAGCACUUCUAGCAUGAUGCGUAUCUAUUCUGACGAUUCUCCAGGACUUCGCGUUGAUCCUGUGGUUGUUUUGGUGCUUUCUUUAACUUUUAUUGCAUCUGUAUUUGGUCUUCAUAUCGUUGGUAGAUUCUUAGGUUAAACAAAAGAAAGAAAGAAAGAAAAGGAAAAUGUUUUGUCUUCUUGUAUAUCAUAUAUUUUGGUACAACUAAAAUAAAUAAAUAACAUAAACAAUUGCUGCUUAUUUUAUUUCUAAAAAUAAUGUGCUGUUGCUAUUUAUUUUCCCCUUCUUUUAUUUUGUUU